AUGAUGCUCCCCGAUGACCAAAACCACAUCAACCACACUGUCACAGUAUUGGCAAAUCAAACAACAACUACUCCGGAGAAUAUCUCUCCAAUACCCACCUACGUUCAACAAUUGAGAGACAAACAUGCUUUUCAAAUCGAAUCUCUCAUCUCAAUAUUUGCGUGUCUCGUAUUCGUGUUAGCACAUUCAGCAUGGACCUUUUUGUACUUGCUGUUCGUUGGGUUCGCCUCUCCUAUUCCUGGUUUUAGUAGUGGUAUUCAACCUGAAAUAUUAAAACGUCACAAGUCAUAUUUGACGUAUGAUUUAAUCGUUGCAGGUUGUGAGUUGUUUAUGUUUGGUUGGUUCGUUGCAGCGUGUGUGAAAACAUUCAAGACGAAACCCAUUCCUAGCAAGUCUAAAUUUUUCAUUGUGAACAUUUUCAUGCAUUUUGUUCAUCUUGUUCUUUAUUUUUUUGCUUGUGUUGAUUUGGCUUUGAUUAUUGGAGAAUUCAAAACCAAUGGCUUAUAUAACUCUUGGGUGCAAGCGGCAUGUGCAUUGGGAUUUUUAGGAACUUUGUGGUGGGUUAUGAGCUUCGUUUUGAGUAUUUUGCAAUAUGAUUUUUGGAGUCGCAACGGUGUGGUCAUGACAUCUGGAAUGAUACAUGAAUUGAAUCAAGCUGCCAACGUCCAACCAGCUCAACAUGACGAUUACAUUUCGAUUCAUGAAGAAGAGGAACCACGAGAGACGCGAAAUGAACUAACCUUUGUAGAUAUGAACUCCUCUACGACAAGUGACAGAAAUUUGAAUGACGAACAUGUUGAUCACUACGAAGAUCGACCAAAGAUGAGUGCCUAA